AGUUCUUAUCUAUUAUCUUACUUGAGAUCUUUCUUGUACGUCGUUCUUAUCUAAUAACUUAUUUAAAAUUCAAUAAGAAAUCAAGAUAAAUAGUACCAGUUAGUGUGUUAUCUCUCUAUCAUGAAUUAACUAAAGAAAUUAUUAUUAUUUCUUUUAUAUUAUUGACAAAUAUAAUUAUUGUAAACAACAACAACAACAACAAAGUAAAUAUAAAAAUAAAAAAGCCAUGGAAAAUUUUCCACCUCAAAAAUAUGUCAAUAAAAUAGAAACUUUUGAUACGUGUAUGAUCGAAGCUACAAAUCAGCAAGAAAUAAAUCAAUCGGUUGCUGCACAAACUCCUAUGCAAACAGUACAAGUAAAAAAUCAAGAUAAUCAUGAAUCAUCAACAUUGCAUCAACAUCAACAACAACAACAACAGCAGCAGCAGCAACAACAACAGCAGCAACAACAGCAACAACAACAACAACAACAACAACUGCAACAGGAUCAAACUCAAAUCACGCAAAUACAAUCAAAUAUUCAUCAAAACAUGACACUUACUCCAGUACGCUUACCUGCAAUUCUAGACGGUGAAUUCUUUACAGUAAUUAGAGUAGAAGACACUAAUGUUACAGUUAGAUGUUUACAAUGUCACAAAUUGCUUAAUGGAAAUUUAAAGUCUACGGGGAACUUUUUAAGUCAUAUAAAAAGACUCCAUCCACUCAUGAUAGAAAAAAUCAAAUGUAAAUCUAACCAAAGGAAACCUGCAAUGGUAUAUAUUGAUUUAUCUUCUGAUAAAUAUGCAGAAAUCAUAAAAACAAAAAGAAGAUACAGAAAAUACUAUAAACCAGAAGAGUGUCAACCCGGUAGCGAAGAAUUGUAUGAACAAUCGGCAGAAUGGACGGAUCAAAAUCCAGUUAUUAGAAGAAGAAAAUCGGAAGAACCUGAAUCUAAUGAUUUCUUAAAAAUACCACAUAACAAUUCUAUCGUUAUGGAAGAUGAAUUUGAUGCAAUUGGUCGGAAUGUAGCGGCUAAACUUAGAAAUAUGCGUAUAGACCAAAGAAUAAUAGCGGAAAAGUUAUUAAGUGAUAUUUUGUUUGAAGCACAACUUGGUAAUCUUCACAGAGAUUCUAACAUACAUGUGUAAAAAAAUUAUUUUAUAAUAUAUAUAUAUAUAUAUAUAUUUUCUAUAAAUGAACUGAA